AUGAAGGAGCGACUUGUCGCUGCAGAAACAUAUGCAAAGCAGCUGGAGGAAUUACUCCAGGCAAACGGGAUCCCGCUUCCGAGCGAGACGAAUCAUUCCACUCCAUGGGCGGCGCUUCCAGGUCCAGCGACCAAUCCAGAGUAUAACUUAGCCAGUCCAGUGACCCCGUCCAACCGAGAUCUUUCUGUGGCUCGAGAGACGCCGUCAAUGACAACGCUUGACACUCCUCAGACUGACAGCUCUUCACCCCUGGUCGACCAGCUAACUGGUAGUCUGGGAUCUCUCAGGCUUGCCGAGGACGGCCAGCUCAGGUUCUAUGGCGCUACGUCCAACCUCCAUUUACUCGUUUCGGGGACCCGCGCGACAACCAACACAAGAACAGCAGUCAGCCGGGUAGGGGUUCAAGCCACGCUGGACGCUGCUGGCGUUGGACAUCUCGUGGAUGCAGAGUUCGAAGAUCAUCUCAUCAAGCUGUACUUUUGUUGGGAAGACCCGAGUAUCCAUCUUGUGCAGGAAGACCUGUUCUAUCGCGAGCGACGCAAGUGCAAAUCGGGUGACUACGUGAGCAAGCUUUACUCCGAGGUGCUCGUCAACUCCAUGUGCGCUGUCGGAGCAUCGUUGACUUCUAGGCAUUGCGUGGAGCUCCCCGAACCAUUAGUUGACUUCUUUGCGUCGCGUGCGCGCGCACUGCUCGACGUUGAGUUGGACUCCCCCACAUUAUCGACGGUGCAGUCUCUUGCCAUUUUGAGUGGGGUGAAAUCGAUUCGCACUCUUGAUGCUCGUGGCUGGCUUUACAGCGGCAUGGCAGUACGGCUGGCCACCGAUCUCGGUCUGCAUCUAGACAAUCAAGUUUAUGUAGACGCUGGUAUCAUCGAUGCGGAAGAGGCGAGUUUGCAGAGAGUAGUGUUUUGGGGUGCUUUCAUCCAUGAACGAAUGUGGUCCUUGUAUCUUGGUCGACCGGUUUCACUCGACGAGCAUGCCAUUACCACACCGCCUUGCGUUGCCAAGGUCGGCGAGCAAAAGCUGUGGCGACCCUACAUUGACGAGUACGCGGAUUUUGAUUUCCCGGCUUUGGUCGAUCCGAUUGAUGAAUUGCACAGAAACAAUGCAACGCUCUGCGCCAAGAUGGCUCGUAUCCGGGAUACUCUGUAUUCUGACUCUGUCGUCUCAGUGCUUGGUGCUCAGCAGCUUCACGACUUUGCUUCGGGUAUGCGAGCCGAGCUUGCACAGUGGCAUAAGGACUUGCCAGAGUCUUUGAAAGUUGAUCUGGCGUCGGUUUCAUCCUUCUACGUCCCGCACGUGCUGCAACUUCACAUGCAAUACCACACCGUCAUGAUCAUUGCCAAUCGUCCAUUCUUUACUGCCACUACGGCGAACCUGCCCGACGUUGCUUUCUCGGAUCCGAUGGUCGGCCCACCAACAUGUACCGACUCAGCCAGAGCGAUAGCCAAGCUACUUCAAAUCUACCGAAGGCUAUACAGCUUCCGACGCAUCAACAUCCAGGCAGUCCAUCUCGUCUUCACAGCAAGCUUGAUUCAUGUGCUGAAUGCCUGCGAGGCAGCGGCACCGUCCUUGAGGAAUUCAGCGUGGAAGGACUUGGAAGUUUGCCAGCAAGCCCUUUGCGACUUAUCAGAGGGCUAUCAUAGUGCGACGCGGGCCCGUGAAGUGGUCACUGGGAUACAGAAUGAACUCUUGCGAGCAAAGCGUGAGAGCAUGAAGCGAAGUGCUGCACACGGAGCAGGGUCGGAGAGCAACCCGACCCGAGCGAAGCGGCGUCGCUCAUCUGCAUGGGAGCAGCCUACAGGACCAGCUGCGGAUCAUGGUCAUGAUGAUACCAUAUUGGAUCCAGCACUCAACGUCAUCGACUCGAUCUUCUGGUCGGAAUGGACCAGAUUAAGUUAA